CAACCAACCAGGCUGACAUAGAUGAUGUUUCUGGGAAGUGCGUAUGCUCGUAUCGGUUCUUCGUGUAGCUGUGGUGGACCUGCUGCUGGGAUAUCUGCCAAUUCAAGCUCACUCCUCAUUCAUACUACCUCUCUCCCUCUCCCAACGGCGCCCGGCACGGCGGUUGCAUCUGCCCACCACCAUGGCUGAGCGCUAUCCCCUGCGCCACCGCUCGACCUCGUUAUCUCUUCUCGCAGCCAGCACGGAAGGCGCCCAAGCAUCAGCCGAUGUGCCAGCUGAUCAGCUGAUGGAUGACGCCGACGACAAUGCGCCUCUGCAGAGAGCGUACCGCAGCAAGAUCAAGGUGAAGGCGUCUGUGAGAGGGCAGUCUGCCGCUGUGGAUAUGGAGGGGCAGGUGGAUGAUGGGGAUGUAGGAGGGGGUGAGGUGCCGUCGCGUGUGUCUGUCAAGAGGAAGAGGCGGCAGCGGGUGGCUGUGUCCUAUGAGGAUGGAGAAGGCGAGCGGCAGACUGUGGCGCCACCAGACAACUUUGAGGAGAUUUGGGAUGGUAUGCACUCCCUGAUGUAGCAGAUUCAUUCUGUGUGGUUUGCGUGUGCCCAUGCAGGUGUGUCUGAGAUGCGGAAGGCCCGCAAUGCGCCUGUGGAUCACUUCGGCAUCGAGUGCUGCGGUACGUCGACACACAUGUCCACUACCCUCACCAAGGUCGCACCUGUCCUCCUUGAUGAUGGCUGAUGCAGGUGACCGUUCACAGCCGCCCCCGAUAUGGGUACGCACCCUCUCCUCACCUCACCCCACCCCAUCUCACACGCCACUCACAUGCACAAGGGACGAGGCUGACGUCUUUUCUCUGCUGCGGCUCUUUGCAGCGGUUUCAGACCUUGAUAGCUGCGAUGCUCUCCUCGCAGACCAAAGACGAACACGUAGCAGGUGGGCGAGGUGGGAGGGAAAACACAGAGGGGCGCCAGUGUGCAUGCGUGCGAAUGCGCGUGUGUGUGUGUUUCCAGCUUGCAUGAACCGGUUGAAGGCGCACGGGCUGACGGUGGAGAACAUCCUCGCAACGCCAGAUGGUACCAACAGCGGACGCCAUUAACACAGAGCACACUGACAAUGCCCUCCCUUCCAUGUCUUUGUUAUUGGUGUGCAGAUGCGCUGAAGGAGCUGCUGUAUGGUGUGGGCUUUCACAAUAACAAAGCGAAGUGAGCCACCACACCACACCCACAGACAUCAACCAACGUCAGGAACACACCCUCUGUGUUGUCUGAUGGAUGGAUGUAUUUAUGCAGGUACAUCCGUCAGGUGUGUGAGAUCUUACAGCGUGACUACGGCAGUGACAUCCCCUCCACCACCGAGGGGCUAGUGGCUCUGGUGGGGGUGGGACCAAAAAUGGCACACAUCAUCCUGCAGGCGGUCAGUGAGACAGGAAACAAGCCUCUCAGUUCAUUCAUUCUCUGUGCUGCCUUCAUGUCCAUCAGUGUUUCGACAAAUCGGAUGGCAUCGCAGUCGACAUCCACGUGCAUCGAAUCGCCAAUAGGUGACUGACUCAUGGACGGACAGGAUGAACAACCAACCACCCCACCCACCCACCGCACCCCUCUUGCUGCUUUUGUCUGUCUGCCAGGCUGCGAUGGGUCAAGACCAAGACGCCUGCACAAACCCAGUCGGCGCUGGAGUCAUGGGUCCCCACGGAGAAAUGGAGGGAAAUCAAUCCGCUGCUGGUGGGCUUCGGACAGCAGAUCUGCCUGCCCGUCGGGCCCAGGGUGAGCGCAUGACCUGCUGAUUGACAAAAGGAUGGAUGGCUGCACAUGGAUGCACAUGGAUGCACAACACACCGACCGUGGCUGGGCUGCCUCUCUGCGCCUGUGUGUGUUCAUGUGUACGUACAGUGCGUUGAGUGUCUCAUCCGUCCUCUAUGCCCGGAGGGCAGACGUCUCAAGGGGGCCCCGGUGACAGAGGGGAAUGGCGGUAUCGGCACUGCGGCUGAUGAUAAUGGUGUGUAUAGGGGUCGAUCCAAGAACGAGCCACUGCGCUUGAGCAAAGGGGAUGAGUAGUGAUGGCUCACGGAUGGGUGGGUUGGUGGGCGGGGGUGCGUGUCCAUGGUUUUUAUGGACGUCUGUACAGACGAUGACUGGCUGUGUGGUGUUGAAUUGCGUUUCUGACUUGCCGUCGGAUGCAUUUUGGCGGGUUUUCCUCCACUCGCUGUUGCGGCUGGCGGGCAGCAUCACACACCAGGCGUGCGCCGGCAGGAGUGAGCGAAUAAAUGAUUGCCAUGUACGUAUGUAUGCGACUGAGAGCAAUCGUGAGGUACUCGGGCAAUUCAUGACGUUGACGUGCACGUCAUACACAUGCAUGGUGUCCGCACACUCAUCCAUCCAUCCAUCCAUCCA